AUGGAGCUGUCGAUAAACGAGACGGUAUUUUCGACUGAUGCACUUAUGGACAUGAACCAAACAACAAAUUAUCGUCCUGGUCCGGAGGUUGUGAUUGUCCCAGUGAUCUUUGGAUGUAUAUUUUUCUUGGGUAUAAUCGGAAACAGUUUGGUGAUGAUUGUAAUCGGGAGAAUAAAGUCAAGACGCUCAAGAAGUACCACCAACAUUUUUAUUCUUAACCUCAGUAUAGCUGACCUGUCUUUUCUCCUUUUUUGUGUCCCGUUUCAAGCAACAAUUUACUCUUUGCCUGAAUGGGUCUUCGGAGCUUUUCUGUGUAAAUUUGUACACUAUUUUGUUAAUGUGAGCAUGCUCGUGAGUAUCUUCACGCUCGUUGCCAUGUCCGUCGAUAGGUACAUCGCCGUUGUCCUCUCAAAGAAGUCCCCGUGUAUUCGCAAUCGCAGAAACGCUCUCAUCGGAGUUUGUGUUAUUUGGAUUCUUUCCUUUAUUUUUGCCGUUCCAGCGGUUAAGCUCCAUAAAUUAACACAUGAUCCACGUGCCCCGAAUAGUUCUUUUUGCUGGGAGGAAUGGAAUGAGAAAACGGCGAAACAAACAUACAAAGUGACUAUUUUAGUGAUUGGGUAUUUAUUACCAUUGGUUUUGAUCACAUGUUGUUAUACCAAGGUGUUGUACCAUCUUCAUAAAAAGAUAAAGAAUAUGUCCAAGAAAUCUGAGCGUUCAAAGAGGAAGACUGCUCAGACUGUGCUGUUAGUGGUGGCGGCUUUUCUCAUCUGCUGGAUGCCUCACCACAUCAUAGCCAUGUGGGUGGAGUUUGGCGUCUUCCCUUUGAACGAGGCGUCCUUCGUGUUCCGCAUCGUCGCACACUGCCUGGCCUACGGAAACUCCUGCGUCAACCCCAUCCUCUACGCCUUCCUCUCCGAGAACUUCCGCAAGGCCUGCCGACAAGUUUUCACCUGUCCUUUCUUCUACCCUCCUCCACCCGUGGAGAAGGUGGUACGCCUCCGCAUGGAGAACUUCUCCACCACGCACUCCACCACAAAUGUGUGA